AAUUAUCAGCAACUGAACUCGAAUUCAAGACCAUUUACGUGAAAAACAGGAUCCCACCAAUUCAGCAAAGCUCGGUAAAUAUCACCAUCGGAAGCAACAAUAGUAAUAUAUUUUGGGCCUAUUUACUUUUUGGGCCACCUUUCAAUCCCCAUAUUGUUAGUGCGAUAGUAAACGUAGCAAUCCUUGGGCAAAGACCAGCACAUUCUUUUUCCAAUUGGGCCAGUAAUGGCUAGUCAUUUCGUUUCAUUUCACCCACAAAUCACCAUCCUCUCGAGUUUCGACUCCACGGUUUUCGCCGCCUGAGAAUUGAACGCCUGGGAAUCCUUCGUCCGAAUAACAGGUUUCCAUGUUUUAGUAGUAUCCGGCCAUCACCAAGCCACCAACCCAAAUUGAAGUUGAAGUAAUGAAUUUCUGAAACUUAUCGAGACGAAAAAUGUGGAUGGGCCGAGCAAAGCCUAUUUUGCAAUUACAAACCAUUAGAAGAUGUACGAAAUGCUACAUUUUCUCUUUGCUUUCUUACUCGGACGUUCCUCACAAGAAGACCCCUUUACAGGAGACUAGAAUGAGAGACAGGUUUAAUCUCUAUGCCAAAGGAGGUGAUGGUGGUAAUGGCUCCACCAGUUUUCGGCGUAGCCGAUACGAUCGUCGUGGUAAACCUGAUGGUGGGAAUGGUGGAAGAGGUGGUGAUGUGAUUCUAGAAUGUUCCACUGCAGUUUGGGACUUCAGUGGUCUGCAAAAUCAUGUUAAUGCGGGUAGAGGUGGACAUGGAACGUCAAAGAACAAGAUAGGAACUCGUGGAGAAGACAAGGUUCUCCAAGUGCCUAUUGGUACUGUAAUUCAUCUGAAAAAGGGUGAAAUGCCAUCCAUGGUUGAACAUUGUUCUUCAAACGAUUCAGAUCCAUGGGAACUCCCAGGUACACUUGCUACUGACCAAUCUGAAGUUGAUCAGCAAUCUUCCUCUAAGAAUUCAAGUAUCGCAGAAAAAGUCAAAUCAGCUCAUGCUGCUGGUCAGUUGUCAUCUUGUACUGAAAUAACUGUGGAGCAAUAUUCUUUAAGAAGCAAAAUAACUGUGGACCAAUCAAGAGGCAUGAAGCAAGCAAAUGGGCCUCAAUCAGAAGCUUUGGAAGAAAUUAGGUAUAAUAUGGCAGAAUUAACAGAGCAAGGUCAGCGAAUGAUUGUUGCUUAUGGAGGGGAAGGUGGUUUAGGUAAUAUAUGUUACCCGAAUGUUUCAAUGAAGCCUAAGAAUAUAAACUAUAAAGUCCGGAGGGAUAAUGCAUUUGAGGAUGAAGCAUCAAAUGGUGAUCAAUCCUCCCUUCGUACUGGUUUGCCUGGUUCUGAAGCUGUUCUUGUGCUAGAACUUAAGAGCAUUGCUGAUGUGGGCCUUGUGGGGAUGCCCAAUGCUGGUAAAAGUACUCUUCUAGGGGCUAUCUCUAGGGCUAAGCCUGCAAUAGGCCACUAUGCCUUCACGACUCUGAGGCCAAAUUUAGGGAAUUUGAACUUUGAUGACUUCUCAAUUACAGUGGCUGAUAUUCCAGGAUUAAUAAAGGGUGCUCACCAGAAUCGUGGACUUGGACAUGCUUUCCUCCGCCACAUAGAACGUACUAAGGUUUUGGCGUAUGUUGUAGACUUGGCUGCUGCAUUAGAUGGUAGGAAAGGAAUUUCACCGUGGGAACAACUGAAAGAUUUAGUCUUAGAGCUUGAGCACCAUCAGGAAGGUCUCUCCAAUCGACCAUCCUUGGUAGUAGCAAAUAAAAUCGAUGAGACUGGGGCUGAGGAAGUGUUUGAAGAGUUGGAAAGAAGGGUACAAGGCAUUCCUAUAUAUCGAGUCUGUGCAGUGCUGGAGGAAGGAAUAUCAGAGCUGAAAGCUGGUCUUAGAAUGCUUGUAAAUGGUGAUGAGAAAUCAAACUCACUUAGUAUACAAAACGUAAGUGUGGAUUAGUUAUAAAGUCAUUUAUGUCGUUUUGACAUCAUUCCUACUCCCUCCUCUAUUAUACAAGACCCAUUUGCAAUGCACACCCUUUACUAGUUAGUAUAUGUAGAAAAUUCUGAUUUUUAUUUUCAAGUUGCAACCUGAUGUAUGCAAGAAGAAUGUUUCAAAGGUUUCAUCACUUUGAUAUCUACAAGUAAUGUAUCUUAACUACCGCAUGCUUCAUGCCUUUAAUUUCACUAGCUCUUCUCAACGACCCAACUUGAUUUAGUCAACUUUGCUUUUUCUAUUUUAUUUUCAUCAUAUUCAAAUCAAUCAAUUCAUUGUCAUCACAUACACGAAAUUUCAGUAUUCCUACAGUUGA